AUGAAGAGCCCAGGCUGUAUCAAGGACGUCCAGAGGUUGGCAGGGCAGCUUACCUCGUUAUCCCGAUUUCUCGGAGCAUCGGCAACAAAGGCCCUACCCUUCUUUAACCUCAUGAAGAAAGGGAUAGCGUUCGAAUGGACGCCCGCAUGCGAGGAAGCCUUUCGGCACUUCAAGGAAAUCCUGGCGGCACCCCCUAUGCUCGGGAAGCCAAAGGACGGGGAACCAUUAUAUCUAUACCUCGCUAUAACAGGAGAAGCCCUGGCUGCAGUUCUAGUGCGAGAAGAAGGGAGGGCUCAACAACCAGUCUAUUUCGUGAGCAGAGCCCUGCAAGGGGCAGAAUUAAGGUACAGCAAACUGGAAAAGCUAGCUCUGGCACUCUUGACCUCCUCACGGAGGUUAAAGCAAUACUUCCAAGGUCACCAGGUUGUCAUAAGAACGGACCAGGGAAUCCGACAAGUACUUCAGAAACCCGAUUUGGCGGGAAGGAUGAUGACUUGGUCCAUUGAACUUUCCCAAUACGACAUACGAUACGAACCCCGACAAGCCAUCAAGGCGCAGGCAAUGGCAGAUUUUCUAGUAGAAGUAACGGGAGACCCAACCGAAGAAACGAGCACACGGUGGAAGCUUCACGUGGACGGAGCCUCCAACCAGACGUCCGGGGGCGCCGGGAUCAUCCUGGAAAGCCCGGUUGGAGUCGUAUACGAGCAGUCGAUCAGGUUCAAAUUCCCCGUUUCGAACAACCAGGCAGAAUACGAAGCCCUCAUAGGGGGCUUAACCCUAGCAGCGGAAGUCGGAGCAACAAGGCUGAAAAUAUGCAGCGAUUCGCAGGUCGUCACCUCCCAGGUAAACGGGAGCUAUCAAGCCAGAGACUCAUUAUUACAAAAGUACUUGGAAAAAGUCAAGGAUUUAAGCCAAAAGUUUGAGGAGGUCACAGUCCACCAUGUGCCCAGAGAAAGGAACACACGGGCAGAUCUCCUAUCAAAGUUGGCCAGCACUAAACCGGGAGAAGGCAACUGGUCUCUCAUCCAAGGUAUAACGAGGGAGCCGGCGGUCACCCUGCAUCUAUCAAGGCUGGGUUCUUCAUGGCUAGACCCCAUCACCAGCUUCUUAGAAAAUGGCAAACUCCCCGACGACGAAAAGGGUGCCGCGAAACUGAGAAGGGAAUCAGCCAAAUACGCGGUCAUUCAGGGACAGCUAUUCAAGAAAGGGCUCAACCAGCCCCUACUGAAAUGCUUACAUCCCGACCAGACGGACUACGUCCUCAGGGAAGUCCAUGAAGGCUGCUGCGGAUACCACAUAGGGGGCAAAGCCUUAGCAAGAAAGUUAAUCCGAGCUGGAUACUAUUGGCCGUCGAUGAUGGCAGACUCUAAAGAAUUCGUCAGAAAAUGUGUCAAGUGUCAAGAGAACGCCAAUUUCCACAAGGCACCGGCCUCCGAGUUAAGCCUAGGCCGAGCCGCUGGCCAGCAUAUCCUCAUCCAAUUGCAGGAAAUUCAUGUGGAGGCAGGUGAUAACGCGAUUCGGGAUUCCAGAAGACGUUAUCUCGGACAAUGGCACACUGUUUACCGACAAGAAGUUCACAGAAUUCCUCACCGGCUUGGGUAUAAGACAGAAGUUCUCCUCGGUAGAGCACCCCAAACAAACGGACAGGUGGAGUCCGCGAACAAGAUUAUCCUGUUAGGGCUCAAGAAGCGAUUGGAUAAUAAAAAAGGUGCUUGGGCCGACGAGCUAGCCUCGGUCCUCUGGUCUUACCGAACAACUGAACAGUCCUCCACCAAGGAGACUCCUUUCCGACUGACAUACGGGUUAGAUGCGGUAAUACCCGUGGAAAUCGGGGAACCGAGCCCCCGGCUACUUUUGAAAGGAGUGGAGGAAGCCGUGGAGAAGGACCUAAUAGAUGAAGCUAGAGAAAUGGCCCAUUUGACGGAGACAGCGCUAAAACAAAGAAUGGCCCUGCGCUACAACACCAAAGUGCUCAAAAGGGAGUUUGAACCGAACGAUCUCGUCCUAAGGCGUAACGACAUCGGCUCACCGACCCCUGGAGCAGGCAAGCUGGCGGCAAACUGGGAAGGCCCCUAUAGAAUCAAAAAAGUGAUGGGUAAAGGCGCUUUCAAGUUAGAAAGGCUCGAUGGCAAGGAAGUACCAAGAACAUGGAACGCGAACAACUUGAGAAGAUUCUACUCCUAG